CAAAUCCAGGACAACAUGAAGAUACUCAGCAACUUGACAUCUAAAUCUCCAGCCUUCUUGCUGACUGCCAUUCCUGGCUUCCAGUCUGCCCAGGCCUGGAUCUCUGUUCCGUUUUGUUGUCUUUAUGCCGUUGCGCUCUCUGGGAACAGCAUCAUCCUCUUCGUCAUCGUCACCCAGCACAGUCUCCAUGAGCCCAUGUACUAUUUCCUCUCCAUGCUGUCAGCCACGGAUCUGGGCCUGACUCUUUCUACCAUGUCUACAACUUUGGGUAUCCUGUGGUUUGAUGCAAGGGAAAUCAGUCUAGAUGCUUGCAUCACCCAGAUGUUUUUCCUUCAUGGAUUCACUUUCAUGGAGUCUGGGGUGCUAGUGACUAUGGCUUUUGACCGCUAUGUGGCAAUCUGUAAUCCUCUCAGAUAUACUACCAUUCUCACUAAUUUCAGAAUCAUUCAAAUGGGUCUCCUCAUGAUUUUACGUACUGUGGUUUUAAUACUACCGCUGCUUUUGCUCCUUAAGCCUCUCUCUUUCUGCAGAAUGACUGUCCUUUCCCACUCGUACUGUUAUCAUCCAGAUGUGAUUAAAUUAGCAUGUUCAGGCACUCGGGCAAAUAGCAUCUGUGGAUUAGUUGACCUUGUCUUUACCACAGGGAUAGAUGCACCAUGUAUCAUCCUGUCUUAUAUCUUGAUUGUUCACUCUGUCCUCAGUAUCGCCUCUCCAGAUGAACGGUACAAGGUCUUCAGCACCUGUAUCUCCCACACUGCAGCAGUUGCUGUAUUCUACAUCCCCAUGAUAAGCCUGUCUUUGGUUCACCGCUAUGGUCAGUCAGUUCCCAAAGUGGUCCAUUCAAUGAUGGCCAAUGUAUACCUGCUUUUGCCCCCUAUGCUCAACCCCAUCAUCUAUAGUGUAAAAACAAGACAGAUCCGCAAGGCUGUACUUAGUCUGCUCCUUACAAAAUAA